UGCUCGUGACUCAGAGACCGGAGAGUGUGUGAACAAAGUGAGCACAGCUUCAUUAUCACACCGGGAGGAGUAGGAACAUUUCAACGAAUAACCUGCCGUUCGUGUCGAAUUCAGGCCUGCAUGUUGAGACACUACGUUACUUUAUUUAAUAUGCUCUGAAGCGGGAAGGAAAAGUUCUGUGGCCCCGGGGGAAGAUUAGUGAAAUGAUAGGCCGAGUGUAUCCGCUCGUAACAAACACAUCAUCAUUAGCCUUUCUCACAGUACGUUUCUUGUCGAAGAAGGCACAGGCACAUCUUUUUGUAUUGGAUGCUUCAUUCCAAAUCGCCCUGAGGACGUGUGUGAAGCCCAUCCCACUCCGUUCCCUAAAUUAACUGCGCCUGCUGGAAGGCAGGAGGAGGUUAGGCGCUGGAUCUGCCGGCUCCCUUCACAUUUAGACACCCCGGUAACCUCCAGGUAUACAGAUGCCCCUCCAGUAGGCACCGCGGCAGACACAAAGGAACUCGCAUCACUUUUUUUCUAUUUGUAAGGUGACUGCCUUAACCAGCGCGCCGUCCGCCACCGGCCAGACUGUGCUGCUGAAGCAACGUGAACCCCACUCUGUGCUCGGAUAUUCGGCUGUGUGUCACCGCCACCGGCCAGCAAAAGCUCACAUGUACUAUUGAUAAGUUUCUGAUCAUAUUUAUGGUCGUUGCGUCAGUCUGCGCCGCCGAGGAGCUGCUGUCUUCAUGGACCGCUGAAUUUUUAAGUGACACAGCGAUGAAUGUGGUGAAUUCUCUCCCGUGAUACAAGAUAGCUUAUCCGGAGCCUCAGCAGCUGCCUGUCAGUCGCUUUUAAUGCAUAGCCUUUGCAGGGUCAAGAUGCAGUUUCGGACUGUACUGGACGUGAAAGUCGUGGACGUGCAGAAGAGGCGCAAUCCGUCUAAACACUACGUAUAUCUCAUCAAUGUCACCUAUUCUGACAACACCUCCCACAUCGUGUACAGAAGAUACAGCAAAUUCUUUGACCUACAGAUGCAGAUACUUGACAAGUUCCCAAUUGAGGGAGGGCAGAAAGACCCAAAGAAGAGGAUCAUCCCAUUUCUCCCAGGCAAAAUCCUGUUCCGGAGGAGUCAUGUGCGAGACGUGGCCAUGAAGCGGCUGCGUUUCAUCGACGACUACUGCAGGGCGCUGGUGCGACUCCCCCCUCAGAUCUCUCAGAGUGAGGAGGUCCUGCGCUUCUUUGAGACAAAAGCAGAGGAUGUCCACCCCCCUGUGGAGGACUAUGGCUCCAAGCGCAAGUCAGUAUGGAUGUACGGCUUUACAGACAGCCCGAGGAAAGAGGCCUCAGGGAUUGACAGCUCGGAGCCCAUGGUGCUGGAGCAGUACGUGGCCGUGGCCAACUACGAGAGGCAGGAGAACUCCGAGAUCAGCCUCAAGGCCGGCGAGACGGUGGACGUGAUCGAGAAGAGCGAAAGUGGCUGGUGGUUUGUCAGCACAGCAGAGGAGCAGGGCUGGGUGCCAGCCACAUACCUGGACUCCCAAAAUGUAACCAGAGACGAUUUGGAUCUGGGCACUUCCAGGACUGGAGAAGUUACAAAGAGACGCAAGGCACAUCUGAAGAGGCUGGACCGCCGCUGGACCCUGGGGGGGAUAGUCAACCGGCAGCAGAGCAGAGAGGAGAAAUAUUUGACGAUACAGCCACACGCCAGUCAAGGGAAGGAUGAAGUCAGCUUUGAGAAAGGGGUCACCGUGGAAGUCAUCCAGAAGAACUUGGAGGGCUGGUGGUACAUCAGGUACUUAGGGAAAGAGGGCUGGGCCCCUGCCUCCUACUUGCAAAAGGUGAAAGAUGACUUCUCCCCCCGCAAGAAGACCCUGACAGGCCCCGUGGAGAUCAUCGGCAACAUCAUGGAGAUCAGCAACCUGCUGCAGAAGAAGUCCGUCAGCGAGAAGGACAUCCAGACGGAGGGGGAGGGGAGCACCACCCCCGAGCGCCACAUCUCCAAGAGCGAGAUCAGCCUGCCCAUGCCGUACAACUCUGAGAUCAACGCGGAGACGGGCCGGAGGCUGAGCGCUGGCCGUGACACCAACAGCCCCUGUCUGGGGAUAGCAGCAAGUGCUGCACUCAAAAAAAGUCUAGCCAGGGAAGAGCAAGGGUCCCCAGCUGUUGCUAGAGUGGCCCCGCAUAGAGUGGAAAUUGGGUCUCCAAAUCUGAGACAAAAACCUCCCCCACGAAGAGAACCCAACUUGGGACUCCAGUUACCAAAGCCACCAGCACCCCCUGCUGUGGAAGCAGAGUAUUACACCAUAGCAGAUUUCCAGUCCUCCAUCUCUGAUGGCAUCAGUUUCCGUGGAGGACAAAAGGCUGAUGUGAUAGAGAAGAACCCCGGGGGCUGGUGGUAUGUGCAGAUCGGAGAGAAGGAGGGCUGGGCCCCCUGCUCCUACAUUGACAAGCGCAAGAAGCCCAACCUCAGUCGUCGGACCAGCACCCUGACCCGGCCCAAAGUCCCACCCCCAGCUCCGCCUGUCAAGAAGCAAGAACCGGAGGAGGCCCCCCCUCCUGCUAGCUCUGCUACAAAAGUCUCAGAGCCGGUGAGCAGGCCCGUGUAUGAGGAGCCUGAAUAUGAUAUUCCUGCAGUCGGAUGUGAAGGUGAAUCGGACACCGAUUCCCUUAAGGAUGAACGUGCCCUGGAUGUGAAGAUCAGCAGCGUGGUGAGCGACAAGUACCGCAGCUCCCCUCCUUCCUGCAAGGCCUCCCCUCCUUCCUGCAAGGCCUCCCCUCCAGUCUGCAAGGCGUCCCCUGUGUUCACUCGUCGGAGAACUUCCUUCAGGUCUGUGGAGGAGGUCUCCAAAGAGGAGUGUAUCUAUGAGAAUGACUUCAGACCAAGCAGUGGUGCUGAGAGGACUUCAGUCAAAGGUUCCAGUGAGCCGAGUUCCCCAAGGAGCUAUCGUUCCUCCACAGUCCCUCGCAAACUCUCCGGAUCCUCGCCUUUAGCAGGUAGACCCAUGAAGACCAUGACGCCAGAGAUGACACGGAGAAGCCAGACCCUGGGCAGACACAUAGAUAUCAGCCUGAGCUCUCAGGACAACAGCCCCCACUCUUCAUCAGAUGAAUUGACCAGAGGUUCCAAGAAAGGUGCUCCCUUUAGCCGGGAUGUGGAGCAGAGAAUAGGUCAGAGCCCCUCCACCCGGCCUAAGCCUUCUGUUAGACCUAAACCUCUCCUGACCAAAUCUGAGCCCCAGAGUCCUGAGAGGAUGGACAUCAGCUCUCUGAGGCGGCAGCUGAGGCCUACCAGUCAGUAUCGGCCUCAUGGCCUCAAACCUACUCGCGACGAAUCUGAAACAGGCUCUGUCAUAUCAUCCGAGGACUCCAUGUGUUCGCGCAGCACCUCAGAUCUCUCUUCAGUAUACUCCAAAGGGAGCCGCGGUGACUCAGACGUGGAAGGCCCCACUCUCUACCGCUCCCUGGAUGUCUAUAAGAAGGUCCAGGACUCUGAGAUCAGCUUUCCAGCCGGGGUGGAGGUUGAGGUUCUGGAGAAGCAGGAGAGCGGUUGGUGGUACAUCCGUUGGGUAUCCGAAGAGGGUUGGGCUCCCUCAUACUACCUGGAGCCUGUCAGACAAGUGGGUGAUGUGGGUGGGUUCGAACUAGAAGGACACAGGAGUGGCAGGAGUAAGUCCAACAGCCUGGAGAAGAACGAGCAGCACGUUCUGGCCCUCAACAAUAUCAACAUUCAGGGUCUGAGCCAGCAUCAGCAGCAUCAAGGCUUGAGAAGGAACACUCCGCCAAUCCCCUCCAAGCCUCCCGGCGGCUUCUCGAAGCCUUCAGCCGUAGUUAAUGGCGGCGUUCGGAUGAGGAACGGGGUACGCCAGGUGGCAGUGAGGCCUCAGUCUGUAUUUGUGACCACAUCACAGCCAUCAAAGGACGGACACUACAUGACGGGUUCUCUGAGGCGAAACGACACGCUCCACAGAAGCGAUCACUACGGUUCCGGUUCUGCCACUCUUGGCGUCCGGCGAAAUGCCUCGUUCAGCACCGUGCGGCCACAUGUCGUUGUGGAAAGUGAGACGAGGCCCGCAGAGCGCUCCAGCCUGGGAUCCUCGGGUAACGCGUUCAGCACAAGCAACGUAAACCAACGCAACGGCAUCCCUGUGUCCACCGUGCGACCCAAACCCAUCGAGAAGAGCCAGCUGAUCCACAACAACCUGGGCAGGGAUGUGUACGUGUCCAUCGCCGACUAUCGGGGCGAUGAGGAGACAAUGGGCUUCACGGAGGGCACCUGUCUGGAGGUGCUGGAAAGAAACCCCAAUGGAUGGUGGUACUGCCAGGUUCAGGACAGCCUGCUUCCACGCAAGGGUUGGGUCCCAUCCAACUAUCUAGAGCGAAAAAAAUAAACCCCACAUCCGUCCCCUACCCUUUCCUCUAUCUUUCCCCUUUUUGAUGACUCCAAGGACGUUGGUGGCUCCUUAAGAAUGUUACCCACAAUCACCCGUAAGCAAUAUGUCCUUGAACAAUGUACAUUUAUGACAGCUUGUAAAAAAGAAAGAUGUUUUCAUCUGAAAAGGAAAGACACUUUUAGUGCUGGUUUACUAAAAUGUAUACGAAAAGGAGUGUAAAGAUUUAAAAUAUUUUGGCUAAGAGACAGGAUGUCGGUUUGGUCCUCCUCGAGUGAGGAAAUCUGAAGAGGUAAUGUCUUUGAGAUAUAAAAUGGUAUGAAUGGGAGUGAUAACCUCUUAAAGAGGUUUGCAUCAUGUAAUACAGAAGUUGAGCAGGGUAAUGGUUAUGCUUAUUCCUGCCCAUCACUGACUCUGAUGGCCGAUAAGUGCCUUUUGUUGAUCACCUGAAUGGAGGUCCUAAAUGGUGGAUUGCGAAAAACAAUAAAUCAACCAAAUCUUUUAAGAGUGCCAUAGGCCUACGAACACCACCAAGACAAUUUGCAUAACCAGUUAAGAGCUCCACUAUAGAGUGCAAACAAAGUGCAAGAUGUCCAUCUAGAGUGCUCUGAUUGGUCCAACACAGAUUAAAGAAAGUAACUGAGGUUUAGACUCAGUCAGCAGAGAAUUGUAUUUGUUUUAAGCCACAAGCAAACUGAAACCUUUUAAUCUCAUUAUAAGUAUUCUUUAAAUCAUUGUAUGUUAUAAUGUCUCAUGUUGAUGCAAGUCUUUCGUAGAGAAUUAUUUCUGCUUUCUUGUGACAUCUGUUUACCACCGACAGCCUUGAAUUGGAAGUUAAACUCCUGGAACACAUGCAGGAGAUGCUCAGGUUUCAAUAAUUGGCAAAGUUUGGUAGUAGAUUCUUAAACCCCAGAAAAACAUGUUAAUAUGUAUGUUUUUAAUCCCAGCUGUAACUGGGAUAACAGAUGUGUAAAACCUGUUAAACUUGAAAAUAACAGACGCGUUAUAGUUUUCUGGAAAAUUGUAAUUUGCUCUCCAGAAAAAACCCACCUCAUACUGUAUCUGGGUAGCAAAUAACUUUAAACAAUUAGUUUACAUAGUUUUGGUUUACUGUAGUGCUUUUGGCUCCAGGAACAUUUGAUUGUAAAUAUUUAGUUGUUUCUAUACAUGUAAUAAUACCGCUGUUGCGGGAUGUAUUGAGUACUGGAAAUGUGAUGAAAUAAUUGAAUCCCAGGGACAUAUUUUCAAAGCAUUUAUCCCAAAUGUGAUCAAACCAAAGAGAUUGCAUUGGCUAUUUUUGUGAUUUUUGACAAAACACCUUAAACAAUUUUUUGAAAAAUCAAUACCUGGAAGCACUUGAUACCAUUUUUAAACUAGAAGUAAGUUUUGAUAUUAAACAAAACAACAUAGUGUGUAGAGUUGUUUCCAAUUGUUGUUUGGUUACUUACCAUAUAUUAAAAGAUAAUUUACAGAAGUUAGAGAUAAUUCUCCUCACAAACAGAACUGAAACAUUUGAAUUUAACCUUCUGAGCUCAAAUCCAACUUUAAAAAUUCAAAUGGCUGAUGUUCAAGACUGCUGAAAUACAUUUUCUAUUGAGCGGUGUGAGCUCUCGGUAUGAGGCAGCACUAGCUUUUCAUUAUGUUUCUGCUGGACAGUAUCACAAUAUUAAACCAAGUGCAGUACCUGCUAGAUCGCAGUUAUCUAUUUUAGCGAAACCAUAUUUGUUUUUGUUUGUUACCCUGUGAUCACACAGUGACAAUAAUGAGGAACGAAGUGGUUCUGUUUUGUGAAUUAGUGCACUUUAAAUCUGUUGUUUUAUGGUGCAUUAAUGUGAAGAUGCAGUCAAUACUCAGCAUAAUAUUUAUUGAAUACGUUUUUUAAAUUAUUUAUCUAUUCUUCUUUCAUCACCUCAAAUGAGACAGUAACCUGCAGAGUUUGAGUAUAAUUGGAUAAACAGAGACCUCUAGUGGGGGGUCAGUGGUACUAAACAUGAUUGUACCUAGCCUUUCUACCUCAGUGCAAUACGAAAUGCACUGCUGGCCAGUGAGAGUCUGUACACAUUGUUUUUACUUAAUUUGAAAUCUCGGUGCAGCUAAAAUAAUUUGUAACACAUUUUUUCGUAUUGGGCAAUCAUUUAUUUUUUUGAAAAUUAUAAACAGAUUUUUUCUCUAUGCUGUCUGCUGCAACUUUAGCAAAAAAAGGGCACUUCCUUCAUCUUUAUUGUGCUUUACAUAAUGCCUGAUUUAUGCAUAUUUAUUAUGAAUAGUUUUAUAUCUAAUUUCGGUUUGACAAUCACCUUAUUCCCCCACUCAGAAUAUUACUGUAUAGCUUAUACAGAUCAUUCUUUUUAAAGAAAUUGGACUUCACUCACAUUGAUAUGCAAAAUAUCAUAAUUUAAUUGAGUAUGUGAAGCAAAUGCAUUUGUUGAAGUAUAUGAAAAAAUGUAAGGAUACAUAAUACAAUUCAGAACUAAUCAGUUGAUUUGCUGUAUGCAGUCCCCUUCCCUACAAGACGAAGGCAUUAUGUAAAUGUGUUAAAUCACUUUGUACAUUUCGCUCCAGCACUAUUAUUAUUUCAUAUUGCUUUUAUUGAUUGAGCUGAAUUUACUUGGCUAAAAUAGCAAGGGAAUCGUUUUGUGUCGAGUAUACAUUUAGCUGUGUAGCGUCUUUAUUCAUGCUUUUUUUCUUGUCUUUGUUACCCUAUUUGUCAAAUUCUGAAAUGUACCCGCGAGGAAGUGUGCAAUAGAUAAGAAACAUCAUCAUGCGUCAACAAGAGGAUGAGAAUUACAGGUGCAGAAAGAAAACCGUCAACAAUGCCAUUUCAUCUGCUGGGAGUAGAUGCUCCCCGUCAAACUGCCAGUCAUGAGCUUUUACCGUCGUUUCAAGUGUAUCGUUUCAAGAGGAUCUCAAAAAGCAGAUCGUGUUAGCGUUGGAAAAGUAAUCGGACCAAAGCCGUCGUAGGUGACAUCUCAUUAUCUCCUGACGGGACGGACUUUUAUAAUAACUCGCAUGAGAAUCUCUGGACAGUGAUUGUGAACGGCAUGGCAGAAACCCACUGACCCGUUCUGUACUGACUUUACAGCCAUCUGGGGUCUUUCUUCACGGAUGGAGAGUCAGGGGCCCAUCAUCAGGGGCCUCAGCGGCCUGUCACGUUCGUGCCUGAAUGGAAUUUUGAUAGUUUCUUGUUUUUGUGUUGUUGUUUUCUCUUUUUUUGUUUGUUCUCUGGAGUGUGUCCUCUGAGCACACGCAUUGUCAAACCAAGUCAGAUUUGUUUCCUCACCAAUCACCCCAACGGAAGGUGACAUUUGGAACCGUCUCUGCGGUAAACAAGAGAGCAGGGAGAUGAACGCUCCUUCAGGCCAUUUCAGUUCAAUCCAUCAGCUUCCAGGAUUGUACCCCAAAAAUAGAAAAAGCUUUAUUUGUCUCUGUGCUCAGCCCCAGGCAGGCCUUAUCCAUGCGCUACAGGUACACGCGUCAUUGUGCUAAAUACUUACUGCGUGUACAGGCCAAUACACAUUGUUCCCUCUACUGUUAGGGGGGCUUGUCUCCACAAAUGCUUUUGUCCGGCUGGUUGUCUCCACCUUAAAGGAUAUACCCUGAUUGCUUUCUUGCUGAGAGUUAUAUGAGAAGAAAAGGCCUACUCUCGUUGUUAAAACAUAAGCCCCCCUCAACUCCAACACAUAUUUAGCUCUCUGUUAACCCACUUGUGUGUUUGAGCUUCACUUCGCAAAACGAUAUAAGUGAGUUUUUUACUUUAAUUACUAAUAGGGGAGUGCUUUUCUAAACUUAGUUAAAUUAGUGUUAAAGGAGUGUAUGCGCCAAUCGGCUCCAGCGUGGAAUGUUUAGCUCCUCCCAUACGUUUUGUAUGUGGACAAUUAAAGCCUCCCAUUAAUAUAAACUGAGAAUUACAUAAGAGUUUAGUGAAUAAUAAGCAUUGUGUUAUGCUCCAACUAUAUAUAUGUAUAUAUUCUGGAAUUUCAAUGCACCAGAAAAAGUAGAUGCAAUUAGAGGACAUUUUUAACAAGGUAAUUAAAGUGUUUUGUUAAAUCACAUGUAUUUUGUAAACGUCUUAAACCAGGUCUGUAGAAAAUAUUGUACUAUGAAGCUAAGACACUACACGGUUAUCUUAUCUUAGCAUAGGCCUACUUAGAGUAGCGGGAAACAACUAGCCCUGAGAAUGAAAUAAAACGUAAAUACUUAAUACCUAAGACUUCAAACACAAAUAUUUUGAUUUUACACUUAGUUGACAAAACAAAAUGCCAUAAAUCACUGCACCUGGCCAAGAGAUAAUCCCGGCUGCAACCACACAUUUUCUCUGCCUAUCUUUGGUUUCUGUAGCCAUCAAAUCAAUGACAUAAACCCAGAUAAUAUAAUUAGUGAGCUUUAGGGAACGGUAGGUGGGAUUUUUCCUCCUUUAGAUAGAACUUCGCUAGCUAAAUGUACCCAUCCUUCUAAUUGUUUUGCUAAGCUAAUUAUCUCUUGCCUUUAGCUUUUUAUUUAGCGGCACAAUAUGAGAGUUGUCUCAAUCAUCUUAUCAAACUCUUCUCAAAAAAGCAAAGUUUAUUAACCUAAAAGUGUUCUUUUAGGUUACAGGCUUCUUUUUCAUACCAGCUCAGCCUCGUUCAGCUACACCACUCUCAAACCUCAGUGCACCCCCACGGCAGAAUGGAAAUGGGAUUGGCAGUUGUAAUAUUUCUGCAUCCCGCAUGCCAACACACUAUGAUGAUGACAAACCAGUGUAUUGAUAAAUCCCCGGAGGUUCACUGCACCGGCACUCUAGUUUUGUUCCUUGCUCUCUUUUUAUUUUAACAAAUGGACGGCACCUCAGGCGAGAAACACCUUAAACCCUGUAACCCCAAACGUAUUCCUCCUGUCUCCCCUUCCUCUUUCUUUCUUCCCUCAACACUUAUUUCCAUAUCCGUCCUUCCUCGACACAGCUGAGCGGUCCCGGUGGAACCAUUGAGAAAUCCAGAAGGGUUCGAGUGGGGUGUGUGUGUUUUUGCAUGAUGAGAUGGAUAGUUUGCAGGUGCACUUAGAAGAAGAUAAUUUAGAGGUCAAGGAAUAAGUGUGUGAGAGCAGGACGCAGGGAAAAGGAUCGGAAAGUGGAUUCUAGGAGACAAGAUGAGAGAAGCUCUGCUUUAAUUGGAGAAGGCUAAUGGGUAAUGUUUCCACUCUGAAAACUAUGAAAUAUAGUUCCUUCUGACAGGGAACCCAUUUCAUCCAACUCCUUAUAACCUCCUUCAACAACACGCAACGUAAUGAGCUCUCAGCUUCCCCGCCUUAGCUGUGAUCUCAUUGCUCCAAACAAUGUUGUAAUUGCAGCACUUGAAGUUCUCGAAGCUGCUUUUGCAAGUCAGCGAGAGACGGGCGAGUUCUCAGCUCUGAAGCUCCUCUCAGUCUCACUCUCAAUCCACAGAAUAACUUUAAAAAGUGAUCCCACGUCUUAUCGUAGCUCCUUUUUGCUGUCAGAGUGCUCAGAUCUUAUGUAGCCCUGAGGGGGUGAGAGUCGAGCUCAGUGUUGGAAGAAAGUUUUUUGGAAUACGACGGUAAAAAAAAGCCUUCAAAUGGUGGAUUCUUAUUUGUUUUGCCUUGUGUUUUUGUUGAGAAAAGAAUGUAAUGUUGCGGAAGUGUAUCACAGGAUUGGAAGUGUUUGUUCACAUCUAAUGAAGCUUGAAUUAAAUAUCAAAAUAAAUCAAGAAAGGGCUUUGAAAGUCACCCAGCUCUGGAAUAGAGUGAUGGAGUUAUAAAGGUUGACAGAAGGAGGGGUAGGUUUGAUAAGAAAGUUUUAGCAAGUGUGUUUGAGGUAUUUAGGAAGAUGAUUAUGUAUGUUUUUUAUUAAUUAGUUGCUUUUGUUUGAGUUAGUGUGAGGGAAGAAAGGAAAAAGAAUGAGUAAAGCUGCAGGGUUUGGGGUAAAACAAUGCAAAAUCCCAGGCGCUUAGGCCUAUGUCAUUCUGAAAACUUCCUCAUAGAAUGCAGUUGUUUGAGGAGCCGGCGGGCAUCAGCAGGAGCCUUCUCGGGGGGGGAGGGGGCUGUGUCGAGGAAUGAGGCGUGCAGCUGUGUCUCUGUAACUCUUUUCUUUGUCUAGGUUUGAAUCCCUGUUUCUAAUUAGCACAACAGUGUGUCUUAAUUAACCUUCCCCAGUCAGACGAUACUCCAACGCUAACAGCUUCCUCCUAAUCGCCAACACCGCUGCGGCGGCUGCCAUCCUGCGCGGGGGCCUCAGCCAUAUUUUAGCGUUGGAGCCGAGCUGUCACCAGUGAUUGAUGUGGAGUUAAAGCUGAGGUCGAUUUAUGAGAAAGUGGAGACUGUUUUUAGCCUGGAUGUUGAAUUUAUAGAAUAUAAUCUGUCACCACCCCGCUGUGGAGAGCAGUGUGCCAAACAACAACAAAACCUUGGAAGCCCGACGCCAUCACGCUCUUGAUCUGUACACUGACUAAGAUGAUCCGUUACCAGCAUGUCAAACACAACAAGAACUACAUGCCUCGAGUUGGACCAAAGGAGGUGCUAUUCUUUCAUUUCUGUUUUCUUUAUUUUUUUAUUACCAUUGUUGUUAUGCAAAUUGUGUUUAACUCUUGCAAGAUCCUUGUUUUCAAAAGGUAUGCCAUGAGGAGCUUUAUGCCACUGUUAAAGUGAAUGUAUCCUCCAAUGAAGAGUCGUCUGUCCUCAUGGUGACAAGGGCUCAUGGAUCUGUUGAAAGCAUCGUUACACUAGGACAAAAAAUAAUGACAUCUAAAAGACUGUCCAUAUUCCUUUCUGAUUGGAGACAUUUUGCACAUGUGCAUUCCUUUUGAAAACAGGACAUUUUCUUAUCUACCCCUUCAUUUUGACAAGUCUUGUUCCUUUUUUUUGUAUCUUGUAAUGUACAUGUUUACAUUGUAUCUCACAUUGCCCAAAAGAGAAACAAUAUUAAAUGUAUUAUCUUUGUUGUUUUA